AUGUUACCGGAACAGAAGUUAAUCUUGCCUGAAUCCAGUUUGAUUAAAUACAAAUCACCAGUUCGAGUGACAGACAAACUGGCUAGUGCAAUUCAUGAACAGGCUUUGCAGUCGGAGGAAUCUAAAAGUCAGACAGUUGGCAAAAGUAGCACGAUCCCAGCCGCUCGAUCACAUUCAGUCGAUCCGUCCAAAAGAUCCGCAAACGGCCUAGCCAUCACAUCAGCAUUACUAGAUCCACAAGGCUCAAGAACGGUUGAGUCUACGGAAGGGAUUUUACGCAGUAUCAUGCCUCCAAGACGGUAUCAAAUUGGAGAUAGUUUAUACAUCCAAGAGGUCUCAUCCUGCCCAGCCUCUCGAAUGGAUGUGAUCCAGCUCACACAACAACUUGAUCAACAGUUGGAAAUUCGAGGAGCCAAAAUGACGGGAAUUUGUCCCGUACGGCGGGAGUUGUUCUCUCAGGUAACUAUUUUUUAUACCGUGUUUGAAUUCUUACUUUUGUGA